UUUUCGGUUCUUUUUCACCCAAAGAAUCGGAGAAAGAGAAGGCAGGGAAAUCAGCAUCAGUUGACAUUAGAGGGAGAUCUAAACAUGACAAAGAGAAUUCAUACUCGGCCAGCGGUGUGCUUUCUCCCAAAUCUAUGCAGCAUAAAUCAGUCAAAUCUAAGCAUGGCGAUGACUUGAUGAAGGCAAUUUUUGGCUCUUCUUCCUCUUUAAAUCAAUUUGACAGAGACAAUGGUAAGAAAGCCGAUCAUCACUCUCCAACCAAGGAUUUGUCCAAUAAAGGAAGAUCUAAACAUGACAAAGAGAAUUCAUACUCGGCCAGCGGUGUGCUUUCUCCCAAAUCUAUGCAGCAUAAAUCAGUCAAAUCCAAGCAUCGCGAUGAUUUGAUGAAGGCAAUUUUUGGCUCUUCUUCCCCUUUAAAUCAAUUUGACAAAGACUAUAGUAAGGAAGCCGAUAAUCACUCUCCAUCCAAGGUUUUGUCCAAUAAAGGGAGAUCUAAACACGACAAAAAGUAUACAUCUUCGGCAAGCAGUGUGCUUUCACCCAAAUCUACGCAGCACAAGUCAAUCGAAACUAAGCGCAAUGAGAAAACAAAAAAGUCCGUUUCCGACUCUGAUUCUUCAAGACGAUUGGAGAGAGAGGAAGCAAACAGAAAUGCUAUUUACUCUUCUUCGGACGAAAUCUCAAAAGUGAGAUCUAAAUACGACAAAGGGAAUUCAUACUCGGCCAGCGGUGUGCUUUCACCCAAAUCUAUGCAGCUAAAGUCAAUCGAUCCUGAGCAAGACGAAAAAGCAAAAAAAUCUAUUUCGGGUUCAUCUUUGCCAAGACGAUCGGAGAGAGAUGAUAAUUACCCACCAUCUGUCGAUAUGUCAAAUAAAGAGAGAUCUAAACACGACAAAAAGUAUUCAUUCUCGGCAAGCAGUGUGCUUUCACCCAAAUCUACGCAGCACAAGUCAAUCGAAACGAAGCGCAAUGAGAAAACAAAAAAGUCCGUUUCCGACUGUUAUUCUUCAAGGCGAUUGGAGAGAGAUGAGACAAAUAGAAAUGCCAUUUACUAUCCAUCAGGCAAAAUGUCAAACAAUGGGAGAACAUCUGAACACGACAAAAAGUAUUUAUCCUCGGCAAGCGGUGGGCUUUCACCCAAAUAUAUACAACAUAAAUCAGUCAAGUCUAAGCAUGGUGAUAAUUCGAUCAAGUCACUUUAUGGCUCUUUCUCUUCUUUGAGUCAAUCGGAUGGAGACGAUGGUAAGGAAGCCGCUAUUCACUCUCCAUUCAACGAAUCGUCCAAUUUAUCUGAAAGUGAAUCGGAAAUUCAGAGGUCAAAACAUGAAAAUAAAUCAAAAUUGGUCGAAACAAAAAAUCAAUGCCUAUGUUCAGAACUGCCUAAUCUUACCGAACAAGAGACAUCGAAGUUUCUUAGAAUUGUGCAAAUGUUAAGAAACCGAUCAUCGAACCCACGCACUUCUCAUUUGCGUACUGAAAAAUCUUGCUCAAGCGCAAAGAUGACCGAAUUGAUUCCAGGCUCAAAUAUUUGGCUCGAGGAAUUGAAGUUGGACAACGUAUACCAGAUGAACUACAGGAAGCCACGGGCAUUAGCUAGACAAGUCAUGAAAAUGAUUAUUCCCGAAGAGGUGCUCCGCGAAAGCACUCCGACAGGGAGAAAUGGGAGACAGGCCAUCCCCGAAAACAUUUACUUUUCUGUACUACGAUACAUUAACGACAACGCUUCCAAGAAAAAAUACAAGAUUUCUCCAAGGGAGUUCCGUACAGUAAUGACAUCUAUGUGCGCAACUCUGAGAAAUCCACGAGAUGGUCAUGGAGACAAAAAAAAAAAGAGGGAUAAUUCUGAAGAUGACAGCGACGAGCCAGCUGGAAAAAUAUUGAGAAUUUAA